AUGGCUCCCAGAAAGAAGGAGACGGCUCUUGAGCUGUGUGACAAAGCAACAGUUCUCGGCAACACCAUAGCAAUUCGAAUGCUGGAGUACCUCAGCACCGUCAAACAUCAUGUACAAGGCUUCAAGGAGCUCGCAAAUGAGUUCCUCGAGGUGUGCCGGAUCUUGUGGGCGAUCGAGUCCGGGCUCAGCACCAACAAGACCACAAACCUCCCUGCCGAUAUGACAGUGGAGCUUGAGAAGCGCUUCCGCCAGGCCAAUGACGACUUUAUCGUGCUGAACCAGUUGGUAACCAGAUUCCUCGAUAAUGAUAAGAAGCAUGGCUUCGCGCGGCUUUCCAAGGGCUUCAAGAUGAUGUUUGCCGACUCGGACGUGCAUAAGAUGCGUGCGAGCCUGGAGAAGACACGGGAGGCGUUGAGAAUGUCUGCCCUUGUCUUCCGAUGGUCCCUCGGGGACGCGGACGUUGAUGGCACCAUAGGCAUCGGAUACACAGGUCUGGCGGCUGCCCUGGACCGGUUGAACGGCACGAAACGGACCAACUCGACAAACACCGUCCAGCCCAACACGGCACACUCGCAAGGAGGCCUUUCGACGCCCCAGCCCGCUCGCUCAGAGGUAAGCCGACCACCGACAUUCGACCAAGGGCACGACCUCCCUCCCGCGUUACCGCCACUGAACAUCAUGGACCGGCAGUCAACGACGAGCCAUGACUUUAUGGGUAACCGCAUCACCGGCACGACGGCGGUCGAUGACCUCCCGGAUCUCCCGGACCUGCCAGAUAUCGUUGGAAUGCCGGAUCGUGCUCCUUCCAGGUCGGUAAGAGAUGGUCCUGGCAGCUUGCGGUCCUCCAAGGGGCCAGCCCAGAGCUUGGUAAGGGAAAUCCCGCCAUCGGACAUCUCCAGCCCGACAGGAAGCAGCAGCCGUGGUAACAGCACCACUCAGACAGACAACGCGUCCACCCACACGGCCGAGACCGAGACGUUACUCGAGGACCUCUUGUCCGAGGCCGACCUCAACGACAACAAGAUCCCGCCGCAAGUCACCCGCAUCAAGGCCGACCCCGCUACCGUCCCCCGGUGGACGCCAAGGUACAGCACGGGCAGCAACGUUCCGCAAUACAAGGCCGUGCUGGCACAGGCGGUGCAGAAGAAGAACCACGGCGUUAUCGAGCAGCUCCUCGACAGGGGCGUGUCCCCUGACACUAUCGCAGAAAUCAACCUCCUCCGUGAAUCCGUCAUGAAUCGGGAUUCCGAGUCGGUUCGACUCCUGCUUCUCUUUGGCGCCGACCCAAACAGCGUCGACAAGAACGGCUUCACCCCCCUGUUCACCGCCACCGAGUUGGGCUACACCGACGGUGCAAAGAUGCUCAUCAAGUACGGCGCGGACCCCAACCUCAGCGCCGGUCCCGACGCAGACUCUCCCCUGGCCAUGGCCGUGCUGGAGAACAAGCUGGAGAUGGUGCAGCUGUUCCUCAUGUACGGCGGUGACCCCAACCGCGUCAUGGCGAAUGGCAACACGGUGUUGAUCCGCGCCAUCAACCGCAAGACGCCCAAACGGGUCGUCGAGCUGAUGCUCAACUACGGCAGCGACCCCGACGGCAAGAACGGCGAGGGAACCAGCCCGAUGUACCAGUGCAUCAGCGUCCAGCGUCUCGACAUCGCCAUCUUGCUGCUGGACCGCGGUGCAAGCGCCGACCUGCCUGGGCCUAAGCACCUCCUGUGGCCCAGCGCGUACCAGCCCCAAUUCCUCAAGCUCCUGCUGUCGCGCGGCGCCGACUUCCGCAAGGCUCCUGGCAUCAUGGAGCUCGCGACAAGUAUCAACAACAUCGAGUCGGUCCGAACGCUCCUCAGUGCCGGCGUCGACCCCAACGCCAAGAAGGACGGCGUCUACACCCCCCUGUGUUCUGCCAUCCGCGACAAUCGCGGCGAGAUCGUGACGCUCUUGCUUGCCAGCGGUGCGGACCCAAACCUGCCCGCGAGCGAGUACCCUUGCUUCAAGUGCGUCACGCACCACCGGAGCCACUUCCUGCCUCAGGUGAUCGAGGCUGGUGGAGACCCAACUGAGCCCAAGGGCAUCAUCGAGCAGGCUGUCCAGCACAACAACAAGGACGCGCUCGUCUACCUGCUCGACUUCGGGGUGAACGUGAAUACCAAGUCACCCGAGGGCUACACACCACUCACCACUGCCAUCCGCGAGGACCGUGCCGACAUGGUGGACCUCCUGCUCGCCCGUGGUGCCGACCCUGGCAUCCGUGGCCAGGACUGGCCGCUCUGCAUGGCGGUCAAGCGGCCCAACAUCCUCAAGAAGUUGCUCCCCGCCGUGUCGAACCCCAAGAUGUUCAAGGGUGUGGUGGAGAUGGCCGUCUGCGCCAACCAGCUCGAGAGCAUCAAGCUGCUGCUGUCAGCAGGGUUCUCGGUCGAGGCCAAGAACGGCGGCGUCUUCUCGCCUCUUACCAGCGCCAUUCGCGAGGGACACAAGAACAUCGUGCACUACCUCAUCGACGAGGCUGGCGCAGACGUCAACGCGCCGGGCGAGCACCUGCCCAUCAUCAAGUCCAUCCGCCGUAUGCGCAACAACGACACCGAGAUAUUAGAACUGCUGCUGGCUCGGGGUGCCGACAUCAACCUGAUGUACCGAGGGUGGAACGCCGUGCUGCAAGCGGUUGAGAAUGGCGACGCGCAUGUGCUCAAGAUUCUGGUGGAGAAGGGCAACGGUAUUGAUCUGGAGCAGCGGGACGAGAACGGGCGGACGGUGAUGGACAUCGUGCAGAGUCAUGGCUGGGACGAGGCCGUGGCUAUCAUUAACGGCGGCGGAAGGCGGUAG